GGCCGGAUCGCGGCCGGAGCCAGGCCCGAGGCACGGCCGGACCCCCCGCUCGGCCGGGCCCGCUCCGCUCCGCUGCCGGCAGGAUGCUCCGGUGCAUGCCGCCGCUGUGGCGCUGCAACCGGCACGUGGAGGCGCUGGACCGGCGGCACUGCUCGCUGCAGGCCGUGCCCGAGGACAUCUACCGGUACAGCCGCUCGCUGGAGGAGCUGCUGCUGGACGCCAACCAGCUGCGGGAGCUGCCCAAGCCUUUCUUCAGGCUCCUGAACCUGCGCAAGCUGGGUCUGAGCGACAAUGAGAUCCAGAGGCUUCCCCCCGAGGUGGCCAACUUCAUGCAGCUGGUGGAACUGGACAUCUCACGCAAUGACAUUCCAGAAAUUCCUGAAAGCAUCAAAUUCUGCAAGUCCUUGGAAAUCGCAGACUUCAGCGGGAAUCCUCUCUCCAGGCUUCCAGAGGGCUUCACGCAGCUUCGCAGCCUGGGCCACUUGGCCUUGAAUGAUGUAUCCCUGCAGAGCCUCCCCAGUGACAUUGGGAAUUUGGCAAACCUGGUGACUCUGGAGCUGCGUGAGAACCUGCUAAAGACUCUCCCCACGUCUCUCUCCUUCCUUGUCAAGUUAGAACAGUUGGAUCUUGGUGGCAAUGACCUGGAAGUAUUGCCAGAUACCCUGGGAGCUCUACCCAACCUGCGUGAGCUCUGGCUGGACCGGAACCAGCUCUCAGCCCUGCCUCCAGAGCUGGGCAAUCUCCGCCGCUUGGUCUGUUUGGAUGUGUCAGAGAACAAGCUGGAGCAGUUGCCCAACGAGGUCAGUGGGCUGGUGGCCCUGACAGACUUGCUCCUGUCCCAGAACCUGCUGGAAUGCAUUCCAGAUGGGAUUGGUCAGCUGAAGCAGCUCUCCAUCCUCAAGGUGGACCAGAAUCGGCUGACAGAGGUGACAGAGUCAAUUGGGGACUGUGAAAACUUGUCAGAACUCAUCUUGACAGAGAACAUGCUGACCGCCCUACCGAAGUCCCUGGGCAAGCUGGCCAAGCUGACAAACCUGAACGUGGACCGGAACCGGCUGACGUCCCUUCCAUCGGAGAUCGGAGGUUGUGCCAACCUGAAUGUGCUGUCCUUGCGGGACAACCGCCUGGCCCUCCUGCCCCCAGAGCUUGCCAACACCACCGAGCUUCAUGUCCUGGACGUGGCUGGGAACAGGCUGCAGAACCUCCCGUUCGCGCUGACAAAUCUCAACCUGAAAGCUCUGUGGUUGGCAGAGAACCAGUCCCAGCCCAUGCUGAAAUUCCAGACGGAGGAUGAUGAGAAGACAGGAGAAAAGGUUCUCACAUGUUACCUGCUUCCCCAGCAACCCUCUCCCAGCCUAGAGAAUCUUUUGCAGAACAGUGUGGACGAGAGCUGGACAGACACCAACUUAAACAGAGUCAGUGUGAUUCAGUUCCUGGAUGAACCCAAAGGAGAUGACGAAGAGGAGUCAGGAGCUGAGAGAAGGGGUCUGCAGCGCCGAGCAACCCCUCACCCCAGUGAGCUGAAGGUCAUGAAGAAGGUGAUGGAGGUGCGGCGCAGUGAGGUGUGUGCUGCCAGGGCCGACGCCAACAGGAAUUCCCCCAGCUCCGAGGAGAAGAGGCUGAGCGCCCUAUCUAACCGCAGCGAGGAUUCCCACCUAUCCAACAGCACUGCCUCUGCUGACUGCAGGGGAGAGGAGCUGGGAGAGGACAGGGAGAGGAGCUGGCCAAAUGGGCAGGAUGUGAGGGACCUGGAGAGGGAGGAGAAGCCCAGGGCUGAAGAGGAGCGUAAGGAAGCUGCUGACCAAGAGGAGGAAGAUGUGGAAGUGGAAUACAAUGAGCCCACUGUACACUUUGCUGAGGACACACUGAUACGGAGUGAGGAUGAGGAUGAAGAUGAAGAGCGACCAUUCCCAGUGGAGAAACAGAGGCUCAUCCGCAAGGACACACCCCAUUAUAAGAAACACUUUAAGAUCACUAAAUUGCCCAAGCCAGAGGCAGUGGUGGCACUGCUCCAGGGGCUGAGCACUGAUGGAGUCCCCAGAGAGGAAGAGGAGUUGGGAGGCUGCAAUAACAACACAGAGCCUGAGGAUCCAGAGGAGGCCUGGGAUGAGGAUGACAGGAAGAACGGAGUUUUAUCUGCUCAGCCACCAGUGAAGGGGGUGUCGUUUGAUCAAGCCAAUAAUCUGCUGAUUGAACCUGCUCGCAUUGAGGAGGAAGAGUUGACACUGACGAUCGUGCGGCAGACGGGGGGGCUGGGCAUCAGCAUCGCGGGGGGCAAGGGCUCCACCCCCUAUAAGGGUGACGAUGAGGGCAUCUUCAUUUCCCGUGUGUCAGAGGAGGGUCCUGCAGCUCGUGCAGGCGUUCGUGUUGGGGACAAGCUUCUGGAGGUGAACGGUGUGUCCCUGCACUGUGCGGAGCAUCACGUGGCGGUGGAAGCUCUGCGUGGAUCAGGAAGCUCUGUGUCCAUGACCGUCCUGCGGGAGCGGAUGGUGGAGCCGGAGAACGCCAUCACCGUCACAGCGCUGCGCCCCGAGGAUGACUACAGCCCUCGGGAGAGGAGGGGUGGCCUUCGCUUCCCAGAGCGGCCUGAGGGAGCAGCUCCCACCGAGAGAUAUUCCACCUGCCUCGUGCGCAAUGAGAAGGGUCUGGGCUUCAGCAUUGCUGGUGGCAAAGGCUCCACACCCUACCGCGCUGGUGACACGGGGAUCUUUAUCUCACGGAUUGCAGAGGGUGGCGCAGCCCAUCGGGACGGAAUCCUGCACGUAGGAGAUCGGGUCAUCUCGAUCAAUGGGGUAGACAUGACAGAAGCCAGGCAUGAUCAGGCAGUAGCGCUGCUUACCGCAUCCUCCCCCACCAUCGCGCUGCUGGUAGAGAGACAGGGUGUGGAGCAGCUCAGCGACGGAGAUGCGCCCGGCACAGCACGGGCACGGAUGCACUCACCACCACCGCCCCCCGGCCCUGGCCCCGGGGACAGCCCACACGAGGAUGCACCGGUGCCGCUGAAGAACCACCUCUCCAAAGGGAUGGAGGAUCAGUAUCCCAUUGAGGAAAUUCAUCUUGUGAAGGCAGGUGGUCCCCUGGGACUCAGCAUUGUCGGAGGCAGUGACCAUUCAAGCCAUCCAUUUGGGAUUCAUGAACCUGGUGUCUUCAUUUCAAAGGUGAUUCCCCGUGGACUGGCAUCUCGCAGUGGGCUCCGGGUAGGGGACAGGAUCCUGGAGGUAAAUAGCAUUGACCUGCGCCAUGCUACCCACCAGGAAGCAGUCAAUGCCCUGCUCUCCAACACCCAGGAGCUGACCAUGUUAGUGAGGCGAGAUCCACCACCACCGGGUAUGCAGGAGAUAUGCAUUGAAAAGGCUCCAGGAGAAAAGCUGGGCAUCAGCAUCCGGGGUGGAGCAAAAGGUCACGCUGGAAACCCAUUUGAUCCCACUGAUGAAGGCAUCUUCAUUUCUAAGGUGAGCUCCUCUGGGGCUGCAGCCCGGGAUGGUCGUCUGAAGGUGGGAAUGAGGAUCCUAGAGGUGAACCAUCAGAGUUUGCUGGGAAUGACGCACACAGAAGCUGUGCAGAUCCUCCGAAGUGUGGGUGAUGCUCUCCUCGUGCUGGUGUGUGAUGGCUUCGAUCCCAAGGCUGCUGCUGCCAUUGAGCUGUCCCCAGGAAUUAUUGCAAACCCUUUUGCUGCUGGUAUUGGGCGCAAGAAUAGCCUGGAAAGUAUCUCUUCUAUUGAUCGGGAUUUAAGCCCUGAAGAACUGGAGAUCCUCCAGAAGGAGAUGGAAAUGGUGAGAGAAGCAACUCAGUGGGAGAGAGAAGAAAUGGAGAAAGUGGAGUGGAUGCGUAGGGAGCGGGAGGCAGCCACCCAGCAGCUUGAGGAGGAGGCAGAGAACAUCACCAGUGAACCUUUGAGGCUGGACUACCGGACCCUGGCUGCUUUGCCCAGCACUGGUCUACAGAGGGUAAAUCGCACUGCUCCUGCGGGCGAGUCGGGGACAGGAAAUGCCAGGCGUGAACCCCCCUAUUCUCCUUGUAACCAGCAGGCUUCCAUUAACUUCAUUACAUCGCAGGAUGAAAGUAAAUCUACCAAGCCAGGCGUCAUUCAGCCUCUUUCCCGAGUGCGACAAAAUGCUGCCUCACAUAAUUCGGAGGACGGGGACAGCCCCAAUCCCUUCCAGCAACCUGAGCUGUGCUUCAGUAUCCAGAACUCUCAGAAGCCACCUUCACCACCCUCUCCAGACGAGAUCCCCUUCAAUGUCAAGCAAGCAUACAAGACCUUUGCAGCAGUGCCCUUGUCACACCCUCUGCUCGAGACACAGGAGCUUCCUGGUCAGACCAGCUCAGAGAAUUCCAAAGCUGCCCUGGAGGUGACCACGCAGAGCCCCAGUGGCCUGCCCAGCCCUGAGCAGAGGUCCUUCCGUGAGAGGCAGAAGUACUUUGAAAUUGAGGUGAAGCAGCAGCAGAUGGACAAACCUCCCAAGCGUGUCUCCUUGGUGGGAGAGGAUGACCUGAAGAAAAUGAAAGAAGAGGAAGCUCGAAAACUGCAGCAGAAACGUACCCUUCUGUUGGAAGAGGAAGCAGAAGAGGAUGAGGUGGUGAAACAGGUGCCUAAGAUGAGCAUGCAGUCCAGUGUCAUCAUUGAAGGAGUUGAGUACAAGAUUGAGAAACUAAAUGGAAGGAACAUCCAGGCUUCAGCAGCUCGGCCCUCUGAGGUCAAUGAGAACAACAGUUCACAGAGGAAUUCACUGGAAGAGGGAAUCAAGCCUGAACAGAGAACCAACUCUAUGUCUGGGCUGAGUCCGUUAUACCUUGGAGCAGGGGAUCCAGUGGCACCGGUGAGGACAGCCAAAGCCGAGCGGCGGCACCAGGAGCGGUUGCGAAUGCAGAGUCCUGAGCUUCUGAGUGGUCAAGAGAAGGAGCUUUCUCCAGCAGAACGUCGUGCUCUGGAGGCAGAGAAACGAGCCAUGUGGAGAGCAGCACGAUCCUCAGCUUUUGAAGACAGUAUUAAACAGUACGAGCAGGAUCUGGCCAGGAAGCUGUACCAGUCCCGACAGUGGGCUCCUGCUCCUGGGGCCAGGCCAGCUCAGAUGUCUAGUGCAAUGCAGAGUCACGCCUCAAGAACCCCUGGGUCAGGAAGCCAAUCCAGGAUGAAAUCACUUGAACAGGAUGCUCUGAAAGCCCAAAUGGUUAUUGCCAAGUCUAAGGAGGGGAAAAAACGCAGCACACUGGAGCAGUUGGCAGAAUCACCUUCACCUGUCCCCACCCCGUCACCAACACCACUGGAAGAUUGUGGUCCCAGAAACAUCACUUCACCAGGAAGGCUGUCCAUGUCUGAAAAGAAGUUUGACUACCGGGAAUUUGCUGCUAUUCCUUCCUCCAAACCUGUUUACGAAAUCCAGUCACCUGAUGCAGCUGAUGACCUCAGAUACGUAGAUGACAGAAAUAACUCAGUUCCCCAGGAGGAGGAUGGGCAGCCAGAGGAAGAGGAAAUGUUAGUGACACGUGAUUCAUCAACACCCACUUCAUCAGCACUGGAAGAAAUGGCCCUGUACAGCAGCAAACGCAAACUCCGACACAGCCGGCGCAGCUUGGAGGCUGCUGUCCCUACGUAGAUCUGAUGGACCUGGGCAAUGGAAUAGCCCGGCACAGGCCUCUUGAGCUUCCUGUGCUCCAGGGACAGCACUGGACUGCCCACACUGCAGCCUCCUGGACUCUGGAUGGGAACUGAGCACCCCAGGGAGCACUGUGGUCAACUAACUUCAAGGCUGUGAACCGCCCUCUUUUCUCACCCAAGGAUGCACUGGGGCAUGUCCUGAACAAAAUGGGACAACACUAGACUUAGUGGUGGCAAAUUGAGAGGAGGUGUGGGUAGGACAGGGGGCAGCUGCAGCUUGUUAGCCUGUAAAUAGUGUGUGUGGGGAAAGGGUAGGACAGGGAGAAUAUGAGUGUGAGAGUGUGUUGGGUUCCAGCUGUUACUUCCUCAACCUGGAUUUUUUAGUGGUUUACUGUGGGAGCUUCUCCUCUGGCAUGAGUUAGAAGGAAGGUCCAGCCUGCCUUUGCUCAUACUUAAUUUCCAGUCUUUUGCCAAAAAGCAUCUCCUCCCACCUCUCCCUCCCAUGUCACCUCACUUGCUUUUGGGAGCGUGUGGAAAUGGGUGGCUUGGAGGCAAAAAGAAGAAAGAAAAAAAAAACCAAACCAAAAGGAAUUCCGGUGAAAUACCUGCCUCUGACCUUGAUACCUGUGUGCUCAAGCAAAGACAACUGACUGAGCAGGAGCCUGUGCCAGCUCUGUGCCACUUACCUCUGUGAGCACAGCAACCUGUCCUGCAUAGGAAGCUGCUCCUGAGAGCAUUCUGUGCUCUUCUGGGGGGCAGGUACUGCCUGGGUGUACACAUAAGGUGUGUAUCUCGUGCAUGCAGUGUGAACCCCUCAGCAAGCACACUGACUUGUCAGAGGAGGCCAGAUAGGCAGCUUCUGUCAGCACCAGGACUGAUCUGGGAUAGAAGUGAGAGGGGAGCUGAGCAGCUGUAGCAGAGUGUAGAAGUGUGCAUGUGUGACAGCAGUAGAGAGCAGGGUAGUUGGGGAUUAGGAUAUGGUGGCAGAGGUAGGAGGUGUAAACAGCAGAUAAGAUAGUGGGUUAGGAUUCAGGAAACAGGGAAGGGUAGGAAGUGGCAUUGCUGGGGUCAGGUUAGGAGUGAAGAGGUCUUACAGGUAGGAGGAUACUGGUGGGUGACUUACCUGCUAGCUGUGAAGUGAAAUGUGAUGUUACGAGGUGCCCGGCUUGGAGCUCUGGAGGAGUAGAGUGAAGUACAGUGGGUCUGGCCUAUGCCUUGCAAUAACUACACAGUUCUACUGUUUGCAAACUUGUUGGCUUCAGACCCCUUUUCAUGUAGCACGGGGAGGAUACAUGCUUGCCCAGGCAGGAGGGAGAAAAUGAAAAUGAAAAGGAGGGUGUGAUUCCCGGUUUCCAUGGGUGGAAGAAGGGCUGUGAACAGAUUCUGUAUCAAGUGAGCUCUGCAGACAUGGAGGAGACAGAUGCUGCUGAUAGCACUGAACUUGGUCUCUGCUGCCCAAUGCUGAAAUAAAACAUCCCCCUUUUUUUGUUUUCUGGUUUUUUAAUGCCUCUAACAGGGAGAAAGGUGCCCGAGCUUGGCAGGGACCCGACCUGUCCAACCUGAUACAUUGGUGCUCCCUGCUGAACCAAUCCAGCAGUAAGACCAGAGUUGGACCUUAAGCCUUUCAGUGGCUUGGGAGUGACAGGUACUUCUGCUUGUGUAUGUGCUGAAUGAAAGAAAUGAAGUUUUUCUUUUAGUUGAUACUCUCCCUUCAUGCCAAAAUCCAGUGGAUCAUUUUAACUGAUUUUGUAUGUUUUGAUUUUACAGAGCUUUGAAGGGGGACUCUGAUAAUCUCAAACUGCAGCUGUGGCUGCUUCCAUCAUCAGCAAUUUGAGCUUUUCCUUUUUAAAUCUAAUUUUAGCAUUUUCUUUUUAACAACAGCAGUUUUGGAAACAAUCCUGGAUUGGGUUUGGUGACUAACUUGUGAUUCUCUUUUUCUUUCCAUUUGCGGUACCUGGUGCCAGGCUCUGGGUUCUCUCCCAUUCUCUCCUGAGAGACUCUGAGGGAAAAUUAGCGCAUCAAGACUGUAACUAGUGAAAUUUGUACAACCAAAGAAAUCUAUUUUGUUGUUUAAGGAUAAUAAAGUUUACUUUACAUUUUAGAACCUUUAGUUAACGUA